AUAGCGAAGCAGUUCUGUUUGUAUACAGUGCUCAUCAUGUUUGGAUCUGUGCUGCUUGGGCUGAUGGUGAUUCCCCUCGUUUGGGGUCAGCCGUACCCCAUCCCACCAACCUGCUACAGUAAAGUGCUGGACAUGGGCAGAGAGAUUUCUCAGAGGGCAAUGGAGAUCAAGAGAGACUACGACACAGUGAGAUGUACUGCACACUUGCCUUAUCUGUAUAUUGACAUGCAUAACGCGUGUGUGAUGUCCACUUUGGGCUCAUAUAUGUCCAUGCUGAACGGCCUGAGGGACAGACGCUGUGGCUACACCAGAAAAGUGCAGGAGCUGAGGUCCAAGAUCAAUCAGCUUCACAUCAUCACAACACAGAAGUGUCACGGGGAGCUGGCGUUCACCUACAAUGACUGUGCUGUACUGGUGAGCAUGAGUGGCUGAGAGGAGCCGGACUGAGCAUCAUUACGAGACUAAUGAAACAAAAACACUGCACAGGAAAUAACGCUCUGAGUAACGUACAGUAUAUCAGCGUAUGGGACUGUUAUAACUCAUCAGUCUUUAGCUUUCACCAUAUGUGUCUUUCCUAAAGGUCCAUUAUAUUGCUGCUUAGUCUGAAUUGUGCAAAUGCUUACUGGGCAUUCUGACAGUAAAAGGCCUUCUAUCAGCUUUUCAUUAUGCAUGCUGUAUUUGCACUUUUGUGGAGCAUCUUAAGCUACAAUUCCAUGUAAAAUGGUGCUAUACAAGUAGUUAUUAUAAUUAUAAUAUUCAUUAAUAUUGUUAUUAUUACUAUUAUUCCUAAAUAGUUCAACCCAUGUCUAUGAUCAGAUGUCCUUGCUCCUUUUUUUUAGAGUAUUACUGUUUCAUAAUAUCAUUUAAUAUACAUCACAGUGGCUUUUAAAUCCUGUUUUGCUCUAUUAAAUAUCAUUUAAUCAA